AUGUCUGAUUACAAGCCCACUGAGCACGACGGUCUCCGCAAGGACGGUCAGCCCGACGGCCGUGUCGGCACCGGCGAGUUCGCCCACGGAAAGGUCGACCCCCACAAGGCUGGCGAGCAGGGUGGAAAGACCUCUGGCGGCGAGGGUGGUGAUUCAGGACUUGGAAGUAGCAGCUCCGGCGGCGACUACAAGCCUACUGAGCACGAUGGACUCAAGAAGGACGGUACCCCUGACCAGCGUGUCAAGGGCAACUAA